AUGGCCUCCUCCUUCAGAUUCUUUUCCCUCCCCUGGGAGCUGCGGGACAUGGUCUACGAGCACUACUUCGCCGUUGCCGGUGGCUAUGUCUGCGACUCUCAAUCGUUCCUCAGGGGCAAGCUGAGAGGUUCAGGGGUCUUCAGUCGCCGCAUCGACCUCGAUCUCAUCUUCACCUGCAGGCAGGUAGCCGCAGAAACGAAAGGCCUCCCAUUUCGCGCAAACACCAUCACAUUCAAGACGGUCACCUCACAAGAUCUUGGGGUCCUCGCCGUCGACUUCGAUUUCGUUGUCCACUAUCUCGAAAAAGAGCAGGACUCUCUCUUUCUUUGUGGCGGGCACUACGUCACGAGUGAAGCACAUGUCGAACUGAAACGUCGAUACCCGCAGUUCGCUCCUCUGCUCGACCGCCUGAGGGCAGAUCGAGGCUAUUUCGGUUUUUCCCUGGCCAUUCACCACUGGGUCAUUCCGUCCCAAGACGACAUGGAUAGACUGCUUUCAAAUCUUCACGAAACUUCUAAAUUGACAACUGAGAGGCGGUUAAUUCUUGAUGGCAUCCAACGCUUUUCAGCCGUCGCAGUAGCAAUCCACUUUAUGGGAUCCCUGCCCGCCGCCUCACGCAUGCAGCUCCGCGACGUUGUUUUAGACGAGGAUCACGAAGCCGUGGCUUUGCCGGAAUGCCAUGGACGAGGUCUCAUACCAUUUUGCCAAGAGAACCCCCAGCUUCGCAUCCAACGCCGGUUGAAACUGUGGCAAAACUUCUUCCCGGCCGAAAAGACAGUACAGUCUCCCAAAAUGUUCAUGUCGAGAAUGACCGAGCGUGUCUCGAGAUGGAUGGUGGAAGCCCGGGCUCUCCCCUCCGGCGGCAUGCCCGCCGCGUCUUUCUCCUUGCUUCUCGACGGCAGCGGCCCCGUUUCGCAGCACUUCUCCCACGUCUUCCAGUCGACAGUCCAGCGGCAUGCUGCGUGGCAGCUAGCGUGGACGGCAUCACAGGAGCGUCGUGACCAUCUGGUGCUUUCCUGGUUCGAUCGGCGCGGGAGGGAGGGGUUCUCUAUGAGGGGGUAUUAUGGAUACUUCUAUGAGGAUUUCCCGGCAGCCAUGAGAGACCUUGUCAAAGACGACCCCAGGUCGAUUGUUCGCUGCAACUUCGACGUCGGUAAACCUUGGGACAUAGGAAACAGCAUUCCGGAUCAUCAGACUUGGAGUCUCUCUAAGUGGAACGCCGAGUGGUACCGUCAGGACAGCCAGUGGUGGGACGUGGUCUCCUCCUUUUGCACUUAUUGA